AAGAGUGUAUUGCGAAUGCCGACUGUGAUGGAGAACUUUGAGCUGGGAUAACAAACUUAGAACUGUGGAGAGUAGCAUUACACCUCUCGGUGUACAGCCUGCCAGAAAUAAUAAUAAUUAUUAUCUUUAUUAGUAGAAGAAGAUUAUCAGAGCAGACACAAACACUGGAAAGGAAAGAAACAAGUGUAUACUCUAUUCUUUGCGAAGAUGCCAAAGAAGGGAAAGCGGACCCAGACUGGGAAAAUGCGAUGGAGAAAGGUGAACCUGGUGAAUCCACUGUUGAGCCCAUAUACUUUUGAACAGCAGGUAUUGAUGGCAACAGACGACAACUCAGCAACAGCUCCCUCAGACACGCUGGUUCAGUUUCUCCAUGGACAGACAUUUCAGGUCCAUGGCACAAUCCAGGCUGCACAAUCUUCUAUUCUCCAGUCCCCACAGGUUCAGGAUCUACAGCUCUACACCAUAGUAGAAAGUGAGCAUUCACAGGACUCAGUAGACAGUGUGACUGACCCUCAGAUUCGCAGAGAGCUCCUGUCACGACGUCCUUCAUAUAAGAAAAUCCUCAACGACCUUUUAUCAGACAUGCCAGCAGUCCCUCAUAUCAAGGAGGAAAAAGUACAGGAGGAUUCAUGUGUUGCUGUUGCCACACCGGCAAUUACCACUGUUACUGUCCCCACAAAACUCUAUGAGAACAGCAGCAGCCAAUACAUUGUAAAUACACAGGGAGAGGCUGUUCACAUGGAUAAUGAUAGUGCAAACUGGGUCCAAGGCAUUAAAAAUCUGACCAAUACCAACACAGAAGUGCCUGCGCAGACUAGAGCUACGAUCCAGGAUGCACAAACCAGCAAUGUUCCCAAAAACCAUGUGGUUGCCCAAGCUGUCUCUGGAGAGGUCCAGGCAUUUCAGGUCCAGACAGCUCCUACUAAUACAAUUGCCCCUGAAGAGGUCAGAGCUUUUGCCCCUGCCCUCCCAACUCAGGGUACCACAGGGAAGGUUACCCGCAAACGAAAGGUCCCUUUUAAGAACGAGAAUGAGAGGCCACAGGGCAAUGAUCCAGAUGUAGAUCCAAAACGACCCCCUGCCAAACUGGCUCGAUUGAAACAAAAUAAAGCAGAACCCUCGGCCCAGAAUAGGAGUCAGAAGAAGAGUCCCAUGGCUAUAGACCAGGACAAGAGCUGGCACAGCUCAGGGAGCCUGCUACCGCUGUUCUGUGUGGUGGAGCACAGUCAAAACCAGUUGGAGGGAGACAAAAAAGAGGUACAUGCUGAGUUUGUGUUGGUCAAGAAAGAUCUGCUGUUUAACCAGCUCAUAGAGAUGGCCCUGCUUGCUCUGGGCUACUCUCAGAGCUCUGCCACACAGGCUAAAGGCCUGAUUCAGGUUGGCAGUUGGAACCCAGUGCCUCUGUCUUGUGUAACAGAGGCUUCUGAUGCCACAGUAGCAGAUAUGUUGCAGGAUAUUCACCAUGUAAUUACCCUCAAAAUACAGCUACACAGCUGCACCAAAUUGGAAGACAUUCCACCUGAGGAGUGGACACACUUCACAGUGAGAAAGGCUCUAAGGGAGCUCCUCAAGGACAUGAGCCAGAGUUCCCUGGCCCAGAAGAGCCCACUGUCCCAGAGUAUGAUAUCAUCUAUAAAAAACUGUGCUCAUUAUUCAAAUGUCUCAGCUGGCAAGUGUCAUGAGUUUGGUCGAUGGUACAGGCUCUUUAUGAAGACCAAAUGCAUCAAGGAGAUUGACAGUUUUCCUGAGCAGUCUGCACAAAUGACCCCUAACAAAGAGCAAAUUACAGACGGCCUCUCUGAGCAGAACUCAACCAUUAUUUUCUCUCAAGGAGAAAUCAACGAAGCUGAAAGGAAUGAGAUAAGUGUAUACUCUAUAUCCUUUGUGAAGAUGUCGUGGAGGGGAAAGCAGUCGCAGGGCCAGAAAAUGCAAUGGAGAAAGGUGAACCUGGUAAAUCCACUGGUUGGCCCAUAUACUUUUGAACAGCGGGCGUUAAUGGCAGGUCUCACCUCAGCAACAGCUCCCACAGACAGGCUGGUCCAAUAUCUCAAUGGACAGACCAUGGUCCAUGGCGCCAUACAGGCUGCACAAUCUUCUAUUAUCCAAUCCCCAGAGGUCCAGGAUGUACAGAUCUACACCCUAGUAGAAAAUAAGCAUUCACAAGAGUUGGCAGACAAUGGGACUGACCUUCAGUACCACAGAGAGACUCUGUCACAAAGCCCUUCAUACUCGGAAAUCCUCAACAACCUUUUAUCAGACAUGGCAGCAGUCCCUCAUAUCAAGGAGGAAAACGUGGAGGAGGACUCAUCUGUUGUGGCUGCCACACCCACAAUUGUUGUUACUGUCCCCACACAAUUCUAUGGGGAGAGCAGCAGCCAAUGCAUUGCAAAAACACAGGAGGAGGCUCUUCAUAGUAAUAUGAUAAACUGGGUUCAGGGUAUUAAAACUCUAACCAUGACCAAUGUAGAAGCAGCGGCCCAGCCUAGAGGUAUGAUUCAGGAUGCACAGACCAGCGAUCCUCACAGAAACCAGGUGGUAGUCCAACCUGCCUCUGGUGAGAUCCAGGCAUAUCAGAGUCAGGCAUCCCCUGCCAGCACGAUUGCCCCUGAGAAGGUUUCUGCCUCUGCCCUUCCCACCCAGGGUGCCACAGAGAGGGUCAAACGCAAACGCAAGAUCCAUGUCAAGAACAGUGAGAGGCCUCAGGCUGACUCUCUGUUUGAAAGAGCCAAGAAAUCAAAGGGAAAUGAUCCAGAUGUAGACCCCAGACCACCCUCUGUCAAAUUGGCUCGAAUGAAACAAAACAAAGCAAUACAUCAGGCCCAGGAUAGGAGCAAGAUGAAGAGUCCCGUGACUAAAGACAAGGACAAGAGUUGGCACAGCUCAGGGAGCCUGCUACCGCUUUUCUGUGUGGUGGAGAGUCAAAAUCAGUUAGAUGGAGACAGAAGAAAGGUACAUGCUGAGUUUGUGUUGGUCAAGAAAGAUCUGCUGUUUAAUCAGCUCAUAGAGAUGGCCCUGCUUGCUCUGGGCUACUCUCAGAGCUCUGCCACACAGGCUAAAGGUCUGAUUCAGGUUGGCAGUUGGAACCCAAUUCCUCUGUCUUGUGUAACAAAUGCUCCUGAUGCCACAGUAGCAGACAUGCUGCAUGAUAUUCACCAUGUAAUUACCCUCAAAAUACAGCUACAAAGCUGCCCCAAAUUGAAAGACCUUCCACCUGAGCAGUGGACACACUUAACAGUGAGAAGCGCUCUGAGGGAUCUCCUCAAGGACAUGAGUCAGAGUUCCCUGGCUCAGAAGUGCCCACUGUCUCAAAGUAUGAUAUCAUCAAUUAAAAACUGUGCUUGUUAUUCAAAUGUCUCAGCUGCCAAGUGUCAUGAGUUUGGUCGAUGGUACAGACUCUUUAUGAAGACCAAAUUCAACAAGGAGAUUGGCAGUUUUCCUGAGCAUUCUGUACAUGUGAGCCUCAACCAGCAACCUAUCACAGAUAGUUUCCCUGAGCAAAGGUCAACCAUUCUUUUCUCUCAAAGAGAAGCCACCAUAUGUUCUCCCUCAACCAGCAGUAUGUACCCUCCUGGGCUGGUAACCCAACCUCUCAGCUCCCAAAUGGAUAACCAGCAGCCAGUUACGAGUCAGGUUCUAAACCAGCAGUAUGCCGUUAGAUGCAUGCUAGCUUCCCAGGGUCUGUCGCCAUCACCACAACAGUAUGUUAACUACUCCACUAUGAUAGCUCCUGUUAAGGUCUUCUCCAAAGCCCCUGAUUCCCAAGCGCCUCAGCAGGGACAGUGCAGACAAGGGGGAGCUCAAAACCAGACAACUGCAGUCUCCUCUGAGGGGCACUAUGAUGUACCAAGUGACAACAACCAGUGUGUGAAGGACGAACCGAAGAGUGCAGAUAUCUCGCAAGCCAUAUCUUCCUUGGUUGCUUUUAACAGUAGCGAGAAUGUGUUGUCAGAGAUGCAUAUGGAGGAGGACCAAAAACACUCUGACAGGCAGACCAAGCACACCUUGCAGCAACUCUGUGAAACACAGAGGGAAAACAUCUACCAGGAGGAGCAAAGAAGAAGCCUAAUUGGAUUCAGCCCCAGUUGCAGCAAUUUCAUCAAGGAGAUACAGAAUGAGAUAAAGAGAGCCAUCGUGUCACAUGCUGUCUUUGCUAAAGUGUCUGUCGGCAAGAGUAAGGGCUUGCUGUGCGAGCUGCUACACUGUAAAGACGAUCCGAGCCCAGAGAACCAGACUCUUCGGGUGGACCUGUGUAUGAUGCGCACCGCCUUUGUUCAUAUGCGUUCCAGUUUAUCUUUAACCCAUCUUUAACCCAUCAAUCCCUCCAGUUGACAUGCUGUAGCUUUAUACCAGAGAUCUUCCUUACUCUACCUUUACUUUAUUGAACUAAUCUGAUCCAAUUGAGGCAGAAAGUAACAGUGACUACUAUUGACAGAUAAUGUUACUAAAUGACUACUUUGUGUUGGUACGUUUAGAAUGACAUGAACAAUCCCCAGAUAAUAUUUACCUGUUUAAAAAAUGUCUUUGGUUGGCUAAUGUAAAUUCAGUUAAUACCACAAAUGUCUUGUAGCACUGCCAGUUUAAUUUUCUAUGAUCUUUACUGCCAUUCUUGUGUCUCGUUUGAGCAUGUUCCUGCACUGCAAAAUAAAUCAAUAAAUGAAAGAAUUGAUGAUCA